AUGUACCGGACGACCUCUCGUAUGUCAGGCCCUGAAGCUCUCGAAGCUCAUGCCGGAACAGAGUACGACCACCCGUAUCGGGAGGUGGGUGACGAAGUCUAUGACCGGCUGUCGAGGAAGAAGAAGAUUGUCAUCUUGGCUGUGAUGUCAUUUUGUGCCUUCUUGUCACCCAUCUCAAGCACAAGUGUGCUAGCAGCAACUCCGGAAGUCGCCCGAGAAUACAACACAACAGGUUCCAUAAUUAAUAUCAGCAAUGCUGGUUACAUGGUCUUCAUGGGUCUCUCACCUGUUGUAUGGGGCCCGAUGAGCCAAGUCUUUGGUAGACGAAUUAUCACCUUGAUCACUGCCAUUGCCUUCUUUUUGCUUAGCCUUGGAACAGCAUUAGCUCCGAAUAUAGCUUUGUUUUUUGUUUUCCGUGCCCUAUCCGCCUUUGAAGGAACAGCCUUCAUACUUAUCGGCGCAGCCUGCUUGGGAGAUAUUUACCGCCCCAUAGAGCGCGGAACCGCGAUAGGUUGGUUCAUGUCCGGUACCCUUUUUGGACCAGCUUUUGGGCCCUUUCUUGGCGGUAUCAUUGUCACAUACUCUUCAUGGAGAACAAUAUUUUGGCUGCAAACGGCCUUGGCUGGUGUGGGGUUUUUGGGAGUCUUCUUCCUUGUCCCCGAGACAAUCCAUCACAAGCGGAUUAACGACCUAAAGGGCUACUCCAGACGUGAGAAAACCAAGGCUCUUCUAGGCAUGAUCAACCCGAUCCGUGUACUUCGAUGGUUCAAACAUUUGAAUCUCUGCCUGGUCGCAGGCGCAAGCUCGACACUCGUCUGGAAUAUGUAUGGCUUACUGACUCCAAUCCGCUAUAUCCUCAAUCCACGUUUCCAUCUUGAGACUCCUCUACUGGCAGGUCUCUUCUACCUAGCUCCUGGUGUUGGUUACAUCGUUGGAACAUUUAUGGGAGGGCGUUGGGCAGAUUGGACUGUCAAACGCUGGAUCCAGAAACGAGGCUCAAGGGUCGCAGAGGAUCGAUUGCGGUCUUCGCUGCCAUUCGUCGGCGGUCUGAUCCCCGCCUGCAUUCUCGUGUAUGGGUGGACGGUAGAGAAACAGGCUGGGGGCAUCGCCGUGCCAGUGGUCAUGAUGUUCAUCCAAGGUGUAGGGCAGUUAUUCUGCUUCCCGUCGCUAAACACCUAUUGCCUAGAUGUGAUGCCAGAUAAAAGCGCCGAGGUGACGGCGGCCAACUUCUUUGUGCGGUACCUAGCAGGAUGUCUGUCGACGGCAGUAGUUCUGCCAAUUGUUCAGGCCAUCGGGGUUGGGUGGUUCUCGACGAUAUCUUCUGGCCUCUUGGUAGUCUCGGCAAUGGGCCUGAUCUGGGCCAUUCAUAGGGGCGACGAAUGGGCUAAGAAGGAAUGUAGGAAAGGAGCCCAAUCGGCCACCACGAAGUCCCAGGUGGAAGUCGAGGAGCGCGGCACAGCCAAGGCCAGUUCACCGAAAGUAGCCCGCAAACAGUAG